GUCGCUCGUGGCUGCCCUGUUCGUUAUCGUCUAUUACGCGAACGUUAUCAGUUAUCGUGUUGUUGCCUGUUGGUUUGUUAUUUGACGAUUUUAUUGUGGAUAUAAGUGUUACACUUUACAUUACUAUUGCCGCUUUUAAAUGUCGCGUAUGUCAUGUCACGGAUUCUAAUAGAUGUCUAACGGUUCGCUUGCGGCGUGUGUUCGUUUCUUUCGUGUUCCUCACAUACAUAUUAUAUAAACGGCCGAUAACCAUGAAUCCGAAUCAAUACUACCCGGACAACUCGUACUUUGUGUCGGAUGACAAUCUCAACUUCCACACCGGUUCGUAUUCCAAUUACGAUCAGAGUUUUGACAACUAUUCGCAACCGGCCCAGUUGAACCAGCGGGCGGCCCCGUCGUGGCAACCCACACCUACGACGAAUUUUACCGGGGAGGAAGAUGAACCUCCUUUGCUCGAAGAGCUUGGCAUCGACCUCAACAAAAUACUCAUUCGCUUGAUGCACUCACUGGAUCCAACUGGCAAAUGUGGUGUUGUGCUUGGUGAUUAUGACGUGAUUGGUCCGAUCGCGUUGUAUCUGACUUACACUUCGCUGCUGCUGUUGGCCGGCGGCAAGCUAAUGUUCAGUUACAUAUAUGGCUUGGCCGUGUUAACGUCUGUGUGUAUGUAUGGCUUACUCUGGGCCAUGACCGAUUCUUCAGAAGUCACUUUGACGUCCACGUUUUCUGUACUGGGCUACUCUUUUACGCCCGUUGUGCUGGUAGCGUUGCUUGCCGUGUUCAUUAACCUCAAGAACAUAUUUGGUGCCAUCAUUGUGUUGGCUGCUGUGGUCUGGAGUAGUAUGAAUGCAGCCAGAGUAUUUGUCGCCAUGUUCGGCAACUCUGAUCAGAAGUAUUUAAUGGCUUAUCCGUGUGCAAUCAUCUGUGGUUUAUAUACACUGUUUAUUUUGUAUUGAAAUUAUUAAUACUCAUUAAUUUAAAUGUUGUCUAUGAUUAUUAAAUUAUUAUA